AUGGGUGAAUCUCUGCCUCUGGAGAUGCUCACAUAUAUUCUGAGCUUCCUGCCUCUGUCAGAUCAGAAAGAGGCCUCCCUCGUGAGUCGGGCUUGGUGCUGUGCAGCCCAGAAUGCCCUUCGGGAGCAACCAGGCCUUACCUCCCUGGACCUCCGCGGCUGCUCAGAACUGGCUGACGGGGCACUCUUGGCUGUGAGCCGGGGCCUGCGGCGCCUGUGGCACCUGAGCCUGAGGAAGCUGCAGCGGCUGAUGGAUGCGAGAUGCUCAGCCCUAGGGGGCCUGCGGGAGCUGCAGAGCCUCGACAUGGCCGAGUGCUGCCUGGUGAGAGGGCGGGAACUGGCCCAGGCCCUGGGCUUGGUGUGCGGAGCUCCACACCCACUGGCCUCCCUCAGCCUGGCCUACUGCUCCUCACUCAAGACCAUGCAGGCCAUCUGCACCUCCCUCACCCACCUGUCAGUCCCGUGCCUGGCUUGGUGCAAGGAGCUCUGUGACCGGGGGCUUCUGGACUUGGGGCAACCAAGUCCCGCCCCGCUCACGCUGCAGACCCUACGGGACUUGGACCUAGCCUGCAGCAAGCUGACUGAUGCCAGUUUGACCAAGGUGCUCCAGGUCCCCCAGCUGAGGCGACUGUCACUGAGCCUGUUGCCAGCACUCACAGACAAGGGCUUGCUGGCUGCGGCCAGAGGCUGCCCCAGCGUGGAGCGCUUGGUGCUGAGUCACUGCAGCCGCCUCAGCGACGAAGGCUGGGCCCAGGCAGCCGGCUCCCAGCCGAGGCUGCAGCACCUCAACCUGUCCAGGUGCAGUCAGCUCGCGGAGCAGUGAUGGCCUCCCUGCGGAACACUGGGUUCCACUGGGCAGGCGUGCAAGCAGCUCCGGAUGGUAAGUGUGGCCAUGUGUCCUGGCAUCAGCAUGGCUUCCAUCAGGCGCUUCCAAGCCCAACUGCCUGAGGUGACCUGCGUCCAGUCCCGCUUCAUGGGAGGGGCUGAACUGACCCUAACACUCUGA